AAUACCCUCCCGUUGCAAAUAAUUACAAUAUUAGACUUCUCGAAAACUCUCGAUUCUCCCCUCUUUUGGAAUGCCUUAUCGUUCACACUAGCGCAGUAGCGCCUCUUGAGAGCUCAUCAAGCUCUGCUUGUGCAAACUCCACUCCCAGGAGCUUUAUUUGUUUUUGUUAACGACAGGAGAUAGUUGAAUUCGAGUUUCAGAUAGUUGAAUUCGAGUUUCAGGGUUUUUAUAUAUGCGCACAUUUCAAUCGACGCUCACAGGGUAUUCUCUUCCAUCUUCCAUCAUCCACCUUCUUCAUCCUUCAAUUUUUUUCACUCGGGCUGAUUAAUCAUCCCAAUUCCUGUAAAUUGAUGGCAGUCAUACCUUUGGGAAGCACAUCGGUGGCCCGGUAUGGAGUUCAACCUCAGCUUUUUCCAAGAUCCUCCAUAAUUGCUAACUCAUCAGUAUCAGAACUUCGCUUCCCAAGUAAGGUACGAGCUUUGGCACUUCCAAGUUCAAGAUUUUUUUGUCAAGUAUCUAUGAAUGAGCUUUUCAGUUCAUUGUCAUACAAGAAUCCAUGCCAACGAAGAGGGAAUCGCCUCAUUGUUAGAGCAAAUAAGGAUUUCUAUUCUGUUCUUGGUGUAUCAAAAAAUGCCAGCAAAUCAGAUAUUAAAAGUGCUUAUCGAAAGCUUGCAAGGAACUACCAUCCUGAUGUGAACAAAGAACCCGGAGCUGAACAGAAGUUUAAGGAGAUAAGCAAUGCUUAUGAGGUCUUGUCAGAUGAUGAGAAACGUUCCAUAUAUGACAGAUAUGGGGAGGCUGGGUUAAAGGGUUCUGGCAUGGGUACAGGGGAUUUCAGCAAUCCGUUUGAUUUAUUCGACUCGUUAUUUGAUAGCCUUGGUGGUGGGAUGGGUGGCAUGGGGGGAAGGGGGUCAAGAAACAGAGCCACCGAAGGAGAAGAUCAACUCCAUAACCUUGUUUUAAAUUUUAAAGAAGCUGUAUUUGGGGCAGAGAAGGAUAUUGAGAUAACCAGGCUCGAGAGCUGCAGCACAUGUGAUGGAUCUGGUGCAAAGCCAGGGACAAAACCGUCAAACUGCAACACAUGUGGUGGGCAAGGGCAAGUCGUGUCGUCUGCUCGGACACCACUGGGUGUCUUCCAGCAGGUGAUGACCUGUUCCUCUUGUAAUGGCAUGGGAGAGAUCUCCACGCCUUGUAACACAUGUGGUGGUGAUGGAAGGGUAAGAAAGUCAAAGCGCAUAAGCCUGAAAGUUCCGCCUGGUGUAGAUUCCGGUAGCCGUCUGAGGGUUCGGUCUGAGGGCAAUGCAGGCAGGAGGGGUGGGCCCCGUGGGGAUCUUUUUGUGGUCAUAGAUGUUCUACCAGACCCCGUACUCAAAAGGGAUGACACCAAUAUCCUGUACACUUGCAAGCUAUCUUAUGUGGAGGCUAUUUUGGGAACUACAACAAAGGUUCCAACGGUUGACGGUGAGGUAGACUUAAAAGUUCCAGCUGGGACCCAGCCUGGGACAACGUUGGUCAUGGCCAAGAAAGGCGUGCCUCUUUUGGGAAAAUCCAACAUGAGGGGGGACCAGCUGGUGCGGGUGCAGGUUGAGAUCCCGAAAAGGUUGAGUAGUGAUGAGAGAAAGCUUAUUGAAGAACUCGCCUCUUUGAGCAAGGGGAAAACUCCAACUAAUAGCAGGAGGUAGUUUAUUGUUAAACUGUGAUACCCCCUAACUCUGUUCUGAUUGUGCCUCUAAAUUAUUCCCCAGUCUUCUGCACACAGCUUCAAGUUGUUGUAGUCAAAUUUUGACUGUUGGAUUGUAGUCUGUGGAUCUACAACAUUUCCUACGGUAAUGUCUUAUUUGUUUUUGGAAACCAAAACUGCCACCAUUUGGCCUUCCAUAAGAUUUGUAAAAUGGUAAACUGAAAUUUUCUCAUGACUAGUAAAGACAUGAUAUGCACUGUGCUGGAGGUUGAUGUGUGCAUUAGGUUGUUUGCAUUGUAAGCUAUUAUUGGAAGCAAGAUUGUGGACGUUAAAACUGUAAGGAUGUUUUUAUUUGGACCAGAAAUUUUCUGGUCUGAACUAAUUUGUAAAGUCUGGUCUGG